GUUUCGCUGGUCUUCCUCUUAUUUGGCGGCGCCCGAGCGAGCACCCACCCACCGCCGCCGCCGCCGCCGCCGCCGCCAUGGCCAAGUUCAAUGUGGUGCAGAAGAACAGGCGCGAGUGGAACCAGGACUGCAAGCGCCGCGCCCAUGGGGACCCCAAGACCGGCAAGCUCAAGCAGCGGACCGCGCCCACCUCCGUCUCCGGCAAGCGCCAGCGCAAGCUCCUGCGCCGCCUCAGCCGGGAGCAGAAGGAGGCUGUGAUGGCUAAGGCGCUGGAGAACAACAUGGGCGAUGUCGAUAUGGUGUCCGCGGAAGGCUCUUCAGACGCUGCAAAGGACAAGCCCGCGAUGAAGUUUAAUUUGAAAAAUAACUCAAGAAUACAGAUCAAAAGAUUAAAAGGCAAAGGUAGGAAGAAAGCCAAGAACGCAAAGCCACCAACAAAGAACAAAGUUGACGCCAUGGUGGAAUGACAGGGUGUAGUUGAUAACUCUGUUAUCUGAACUUCUACAAUGUUGAAUGGGCCCGCAAGGAUUUCAUAUACCAUGAGCUAUCAACAUUCUUUACUUUCUUAAUGUUUAGUAUAAGCUAGUUAGCGUUAUAAUCAAUGAAUCUUCAUACGAUGAUCGAGACCUGAGUGGUAAAAUGCAUGACUUAUGGAAUCUUUGUAUGAAAGUCUGAUUUGCGUGGUUACAGCAUAUUUAGUUGUGACA